AGAUCGCUCUGCCUCUCGGGUUCAGUAGCUGCAUGAAGGAAUGCUCUGCGAGGAGGACAGUCACGAGAAAUGCGACUACCAACCAAGGGCUAGAAGAGACUACGAAGCUGGGCCCUGCAGCCGCUGGCACGAGCACCAUUACCAGAAGAAUAGUUCCCCUGGAUGAGCUUCCACCGCUAACACCGUAGAUAGUUGUCAUGCCACCCGUCGAUGCGCCGAAAGGGGUCACUAGCGACACGUCGCAUGCUGCUUGACUAGGUUUUCCGGCUGUUGAAUUUGUCGCGACUUCAACAAGGCCAAUACGUCGCUCGUCGACAGUACUGCCUGUGUUCUUGUUGCUUCGUUGUAGUGCUGCCGAGGCGUCGGAGGCGUGUCUGUCUGCAGAAUCGACGACGAGGUUCGUUGAUGAAAGUCUUCGUGGUCGUUGCAUUCGACAAGAGGCACCACAUGUGAGUGGGCCAGCCUUGCUGCGGGCUAGAUGUUGGUAACCGUUGCGCACACGAGGGGGGCAAGAAACCAACCGCAAAGCCUUGGAGUAGCGCAUAGUCCACGGGCAGUAAUUUGGUUCUUUGGGCAUUAAGGGCUUCAUGCUGUGGGGGGGGUGUACGCGUCUACGAGCAGGAACGCGAGCAACACGCCACCAGCAAGGGUUUCGUAGCGGAGCAGGCACUUUUUGCUCUCUAGCUUGUUUUCGAUUCGAUUUUUACUUCGCGUGGUCUUGCGGUUUUAUGACGUUGCUUGUCACGUGUGUGUGUGCACAGCAUAUGUUAUUUUUCCUGAUGAAAGUCUACAAACAACAACAUAGGUGGGAUAGUUGUGGGGUUGUUUGUGUUGUUACAGAGGAUGAACACACUUUUUUUAGUCAGCGUCUGGUCAUGACGAUACGUCAAGCAUUCGUGUUUAUCUUUCAUUACGUUGGGUGAUUUUUUGCACAGCUGAUGGUACUUGACCGCAUGUUCCAACGAGGGAGGAAUCACAACG